AUGGAUGAGGAGGACAGUCAGGGCCUGGCGGCCGUCAAUGGAGGCAUCGACGACCUCGUCGACGACAGCGAAAGCGAAGGUGUCCUCGCCCUCCUUCUGCUCGCCCAGUUCGUCGCCGUCGCCAUCGCCGUACGCCGUUCGGUCUCCGACUCAGCGCCGGCCGACGGCGCGCCCACCAGCUCGCCCGGCGGCGGCCUGGGCUCCAAGCACUCGCGCCCGGUGCACCCGCUGGCGCUCUCGUCGCCGGCGCGCAGCUCGGCGGCCCACCAGUCCAUGCCGGCCUUUCCCUCCAUACCGACCACCACCACGGCAUCGUCGUCGGCGUCGUCGCCGUCGGGCAAGAAGCCCAAGGGCUCGUCGUCGCGAAAGAAGUCCGACGAUGCCACGUCAUCGUCGUCGUCGUCAAAGAACGGAGGAGGGAGCCUGGGCAAGCGGUCGGUGUCGGCCACGAUCAAGAGCGGCAGCGACGGGUCGCUCCAGGUGAUCAACGCCACGACCGACGGCAGCGGCUCCAUCCACGCCAGCCUCAGCAUGAGCCCGCGUGGGAGCCGAGGGAUCGAGGACUGGAAGGUGCGGGCGCUGCAGGCCGAGGACCGGGUCUCGUUUCUCGAAUCGGAGCUGGCCCGCUGGAAGAAGAAGGCCACCGUGGCGAGCGCCCAGCUGGGCUUCCUCGCCUCCGAGGGCAGCGGCACCUUCCCCUCCAUCAACCGGCGCGGCUCCUCCGCCUCUCCCGAAGGCACGCCGCGAGGGGACCGCUAUGGCAAUGUCUACGAGUUUUGGGAGGAGAGCCCCGGCCACCUGACCUGGGACGAGACCGAGACGCCGCGCGUCAUCAAAGCCGCUUCGCUCAUCAAGCUGGUGGAGUACAUCACCCACCCCACCAUCGUCGACCGUCGGUGUCUCGAGGCGUUCUUCAUCACCUACCGAUCGUUCACCACGCCGCGCAUACUCAUCGAAAAGCUGAUCCUGCGAUACGCCGCGCCACCGCCCAAGAACGCCAAACCAGAAGACAUCGAAAAAUUCAACAAAACCGAGCAGGCCUUCAUCAGGACCCGCGUGUGCAAUGCGCUCAAGCAUUGGGUGGAGAAGCACGACCACGACUUUGAGGACAUCGACCUGCGGGACCGGUUCGAGGCCUUCAUGCAGGAGAUGGUGGAGGAGAAGAACCUCCGCGAGAUGCUGGCCCGAAGCCUCGAAAAGGCGGUCGAGCGGCUCACCGCGCGCCUCGACAAGAUCCGCAUCACCGACGAGAUCCGCGCGUCCCAGAAGCGACAGGAGGUCCUCGCCGAGACGCUGCGUUCGUUCGAAGAGGCCGAUCAGGCGACCAACAGCCGAGAGGAAGCACCGCCGAAGCCGCUCCUUCCCAAAAACUACAAAAGCCCUCUGCAUUACCUGCUGGACUGGCCCGCCGUGGAGAUCGCCCGACAGCUGACGCUGAUCGAAUUCGAUCUGUUCCAGCGCAUUCAGGCGAAGGAAUUCCUCAACCAGUGCUGGAACAAGGAGGGCAAAGAGGAGAAGGCCCCCGGCAUCUGCGCCCUCAUCGAGCGGUUCAACGAGGUCGGGCAGUUCUUUGUGACGCUGCUGGUCCAGCUGGAGGAACUGGAGGACCGCAAGGCCAUGCUCAAGAAAUUGAUCCAAGUCGCGGAGGAGUGUCUGCACAUCCACAACUUCAACGCGCUGAUGGCCCUCGUGUCCGGCCUGUCGUCGACCUCCGUGUCGCGCCUCACCAAGACCUGGGAAGCCCUCGGCUCCAAACAAAAUCUGUUCAACUCGCUGCAGGCGAUUACGGUGCCGGAGAAGAACUUCACGGUGCUGCGGGACCGCAUGUCCACGUCAGCGCCGCCCAAGAUCCCCUACAUCGGCACCUCGCUGGCCGAUCUCACCUUCAUCGAGGACGGCAACCCGGACUACCACGACGGGCUCAUUAACUUCACCAAGCGCCACCUCCUCUUCGUGGUGAUCAACAACAUUCAGACGUAUCAGAAGCACAAGUACUCCUUCACCGUCGUGCCAGCGCUCCGCAACUACCUUCUGACCCACCCCAUGCUCUCUCUGGACCAAUGUUACGCGUUGUCGUUGCUGCGAGAACCGCGUAAGGGGUCGGCCCUCGGUGCUGGCGGGGGCACGCCCACGAAGAGCUCCCGCCUCUCGAUGCUCGGCCGAAAGUCGGGUUCCUCGCGCGGCCUCCUCCAGACCUCCGAGCAGCAGCCCAGCGGCACCUAA